GCCUAUAAAUAAUAUAAUAAUUUUUUAUACUCUCUCACACAUUUCCAAAUCUAACGUCUUUUAACGUGCGCAUCAAACAAUUCAUUUUGCUUUUGUCACCAAUGGCGCACGAUAACAUCCAGCUCCCCUGCGAUGGCGACGGCGCGUGCAUGCGCUGCAAGGUCACCCCUUCGGCGGAGGAAACCCUGACUUGCUGCACUUGCGCCACUCCUUGGCACGUGACAUGCUUGGCUUCUCCGCCGGAAAACCUAGCGUCCACAGUGCAAUGGCACUGUCCUGACUGCUCCGGUGACCCUCUUCCAUCGGCCGCGGCCGCCAUGGAUGGAAGCUCCGGAGAGCUCUUCGCGGCGAUAAGAGAGAUAGAGGCGGAUGGCUCAUUGACGGAGAAGGAGAAGGCGAGGAAGAGGCAGGAGCUUGUGAGUGGAAGAGUUGAAGAAGAUGAUGAUAAAGAGAAGAAAGGGAAAGGGAAAGGGAAAGGGAAAGGGAAAGGGGAGGAGAGCUCAUUUUUGGAUUUUCUUGAUGGAAGCUUAAACUGCUCGUUUUGCAUGCAGAUACCUGAAAGGCCUGUCACGACACCUUGUGGCCACAACUUCUGCCUUAAAUGCUUCCAGAAAUGGAUAGGUCAAGGGAAGCGUACUUGCGCGAAAUGCCGCUCGACCAUUCCCCCCAAAAUGGCAAAUCAGCCUCGUAUUAAUUCAACGCUUGUAUCUGUUAUCAGAAUGGCAAAGCUAUCAAAAUCAAAUGCUGCUGCAGGGCCUCUAAAAGUUUAUCAUUUUGUACAUAACCAAGAUCGACCUGACAAAGCUUUCACUACAGAGAGAGCGCAAAGAGCUGGGAAAGCUAAUGCUGCUAGUGGGAAGAUAUUUGUGACUGUACCACCUGAUCAUUUUGGACCAAUCACAGCUGAAAAUGAUCCAGCUAGAAAUCAGGGUGUGCUUGUUGGUGAAUGUUGGGAAGACAGAUUUGAAUGCCGGCAAUGGGGUGCUCAUCUUCCACAUAUCUCAGGCAUUGCUGGUCAGUCAAAAUAUGGUGCUCAAUCCGUGGCUCUCUCAGGAGGUUAUGAGGAUGACGAGGAUCAUGGGGAGUGGUUUCUUUACACAGGAAGUGGAGGUAGGGAUCUCAGUGGAAAUAAGCGGACAAACAAGAAACAGUCAUUUGAUCAAACAUUUGUGAACAUGAAUGAGGCUUUGCGAGUAAGCUGUAAAAUGGGUUAUCCUGUCCGAGUUGUAAGGUCUCACAAAGAAAAACGAUCUUCUUAUGCCCCAGAGAAAAAAGGGGUGAGAUAUGAUGGAGUCUACAGAAUUGAAAAAUGUUGGAGAAAGGCUGGAAAACAGGGGUUUAAAGUUUGCCGAUAUCUGUUUGUGAGAUGCGACAAUGAGCCAGCCCCAUGGACGAGCGAUGAACAUGGAGAUAUGCCUAGGCCCUUACCAUCCAUUCCUGAGCUGAAGAAGGCAACUGACAUAACAGAGAGAGAGGAGAGUCCAUCAUGGGACUUUGAUGAAGAGGAGAAUCGCUGGAAGUGGAAAAAACCUCCACCUCCUAGUAAAAAGUCAAUAAUGGAAUUAGCUGACCCUGAAGAAAGGAAAAGGGCAAGGGAAGCUAUAAAGCAAGCACGUACUACAUCUGUUAGAGAAAGACUCCUGAAAGAGUUUGGUUGUCUAAUCUGCCGGGAUGUUAUGAAUCUCCCAGUAACAACACCUUGUGCCCACAACUUCUGCAAAUCUUGUUUUGAAGGUGCAUUUGCCGGUAAGAAUACUAUAAGAGAGAGGAGUAGAGGUGGCCGGACACUUCGAUCACAAAAAAUUGUGCUCCAUUGUCCGUCUUGCCCGACUGACAUCUCUGAUUUUCUUCAAAACCUUCAGGUCAACCGAGAACUAAUGGAUGUGAUCGAGACACUGAAGAAAAAGAGUGAGGAGAAUCAGGAACCUGCUGAAAAAGAAUUGAGUGAGGAACAGGAAGAUGAGUCUGAGGAAAAUGCAGACCUAGACUCUGGUGAUAGCGAAACUGGCAAGAAAACAGAGAAAGCCGAUCCAGACAACAAUUCUCAGAAACCGAAAAGAGGUAGAAAGAGGAGGAAAGUGGGUACCACUCAAGGAGUAGCCGACAAGAAGGACUCUCCAUCAAGCCCCCUCCAGGUGCAAUCAUCCGAUGUUGAUCUUGAAUGACAUGUUUUUCCUGCGUUUCUUAUCAGACAACAAAAGAACUAUGGAACUGGAUGUACUACAGAGCUGU